CGUAGGGUUUCAUCGUGGACGCCAACGCGGUAUGCAGUUACGCAUCUACGUUUUAGCCUGUCUCCUAUUAAAGGGGCUGGCUCGCGCCGAGGAGGUGGUCGAAGUCGUGGAAGCGAUUCCGGGGGAGGACACUCGGAACGACAACUCCGCGCUGAAUCGUCAGGACAACGAGCUGAACAAUUCGGAGCAAUUGACGUUGGAGAGCCUGGGGGACAAUGAUGCGGCCGGGAAUCACUACAAGCCGGGGUCCGGGCUCCGGGGUCACCCUCUGUUACCGCCGGGUCGAGGGGCGCUCAGCAUACCGCGUCCGCACCACAACGUCGCUUAUCACGGCCCGCCGCCGCCGUUGCCGCCUUCGAAGACGCCGCCGGAGGCCAUGGACAAGAUCUACGCGACCGGCACCGGGGACGGCGUCGAGCCGUGGCCGGCGCCGACCCCCGACAUGCCGAAGAUCGUGUCGCUCGACGUGAAGUGCGAGAAGAGCCUGAUGAAGGUCUACCUGGGCUUCGACAAGCCGUUCUACGGCAUCGUCUUCAGCAAGGGCCACUACAGCAACGUGAACUGCGUACACCUGCCGGCGGGCCUCGGCCGCAAGUCCAUCAACUUCGAGAUCAGCAUACACGCGUGCGGCACCGCCGGCAACACGCAGAACGAGCUGUACGGCUACGGUGCCGAGUCCGGCUCCGGCACGUACUUCGAGAACAUCAUCGUGGUGCAGUACGACCCGCAGGUGCAGGAGGUGUGGGACCAGGCGCGCAAGCUCCGCUGCACCUGGCACGAUCUCUACGAGAAGUCGGUCACCUUCCGGCCGUUCCCGGUCGACAUGCUCGACGUGGUGCGCGCGGACUUCGCCGGCGACAACGUCGGCUGCUGGAUGCAGAUCCAGGUGGGCAAGGGCCCCUGGGCGUCCGAGGUAUCCGGCCUGGUGAAGAUCGGCCAGACGAUGACGAUGGUACUGGCGAUCAAGGACGACGACUCGAAGUUCGACAUGCUCGUGAGGAACUGCAUGGCGCACGACGGCAAGCGGGCGCCGAUCCAGCUGGUGGAUCAUCGCGGCUGCAUCACCCGGCCCAAGCUCAUGUCCAAGUUCACGAAGAUCAAGAACUUCGGCGCCUCGGCCUCGGUACUGUCCUACGCCCACUUCCAGGCGUUCAAGUUCCCGGACUCGAUGGAGGUGCACUUCCAGUGCACCAUACAGAUCUGCCGUUACCAGUGCCCGGAGCAGUGCUCGAAGUCGUCGCCGUUCCUCGACAGCCAGGGCCUCCUGGAGAGCCACCAUCACCACGCGAACGGCCAUCCCGAGCUGGGCUUCGACCUGCCGCCGCCGAUCCCGCUGCCGUUGGAGUCUUACCUGCAGGCGGCGGUGGCGGCGGGACGGCCGCGCGACGAGCGCAGGAGGAAGUCCCGCGAGAUCGUGCACAAUCCGCAGAAGGCGGUCGGCGUCAACCGGAUCAUCCGGGUGGUCUCGACCGGCGACCUCACUUUCUCGAUCGACGACAACGCCGGCGAGCCGAACGGACCCACCAUGGUGUUCCCGCAACGUCAGGAGACCAUGAUCUGCAUGACCACCCCGGGCUUCGCGAUCACCCUCAUCGUGCUGCUCGCCGUUCUCCUCUCCUCGUGCGUCAUGUCGGCCUAUCUCUUCAUGCGUCUCAGGCCCUUCUCAGCGCGCAGCAAGAAGUCCUUCUGCAACGCCGAGCAGACGAAGAAGUCCUCGAGGACGUGCUUCUACUCAUAG